CAAAACACACAGUCUACAAACACACGGUAAAUGGAGGAUGACGUUCUCUGUGAUUAUCAUACUUGUGUUACUGGUCGGGACAGGACACGUCUACAGUAAUGUACAAUCAGCAUCUUCAUCAUCACAAGACAUCUCCACAAGAGAACCAUUUACCACAGAACCACAUUCGUUUACGUACAAGGUCUUUGUUGGUGUGUGGCUUGGACUUAUCAUAGUUGAGACUGUCAUCAUCUGCAUAAUGAUUUGCUGCUUAAUCUUACGACCAAACAAGCAAUAUAACGAUGUAGAAUCGCAAGCUGAAGUAUUCCCAAACAAUUAAAAUAUCGGGAGAAACAUCGUUCUGUCAAGCUAAAGGAUGUGACUAUGAGAUCUGACGUAAAUGAGAUCAGUGUGUCUUGCUGGGAUUGACUUACUAGAACUGCCAUCUUGCCCAGUGAAUGUUGCAGAGUUGAUCGUGAUUUCAACCUUUGUGUCGCGUCUUGAAACACAUGCUACUUGUCAAAAUACGACUCUGGGCGCGUAGACCUUCGUUGCUACUUUGGAGCUUUAUCAAGAUUUGUCAGUAAUAAUGUCAUAUGGACAGCUUUAUUUAAUGCCUAGUAUAUAAUGCAAUAUUUAACAACUAUUACAGACCGUGUGAGAAGUACGCAUAAUGUCGGAAAGCGCACGUUAAAUCUCCUAUAAUACGUAACUAUUACAGAAUAAAACAUGGAGGCAUGGAUCAAAAGUUCCUGCUAUAUUAUUUGAUUUUUCAACCUCAUCGAAACAGAAUGAUUUACCAUCCACCAGUGAACGCCACAAAUCAUGCUUUAUGGGUGCCGUUUCUUCUUAGUUUCAACAAAAUCAGUAAUGGUACUCUCGUGUCCUUUGAUUGUCUAGUUCAUCUAUCACUUGUGCUGCAUCAGGAAAUAAAUAUUUUUUAUCCGAAUUAAAAUAAUGACGGGUGCUAGCGGUAGGACAGGACUUGGUUACCCUUUUCACAAACACCUGGUGUCAUCACUGAUGUUCCGUGACCCAGUCAUAGAACUGUCUUCACUAAAUUAUCUUUUACGUCCACUGUUAGCUGUUUCAGCGGAUGAUCAAAGACCAGACAGUUUCUCGCGUCGACGUUAUGUAUUUCCGCUUCACGAGUCACACAACUGAAACAAAUUUCCAUAGACUAAGUGAAUUGAUUAUCAGUGAUGUGCCUGGCGUGAGUCAGGUCCGAACCAGGAAACUAUCCAGUGGUAAGUAGGGAUCUAUGCACGAUCUGGCAAUCAUCUGUUUCACAGUACACGUUGUGACAAGAUGACUACUGUCGGUAUCCCUCUCUCUGUCGGACAACUUGCCGUUUACAUGAUGAUUAUUGGAUUCGAUAAUAUGGACCAAAUACAAGCUUUCGGAGCAAGCAGUGGCCUCUGUGUUAAAGCAAAGUAUACCACCGCUGAGAACGACUGCAAAGAUAGAAGCAAUGGAAUAUUCAAUAUUUCGGACUUUAUAGCAUCAGAAGGCGGAAGACAGGCUCAAGAUGUCGUAGCUAACCUCACAGAAAUUUGGAUACGAGGAAACAAGGACGGGCUCUGCUUAACUUAUUUUGAGGAACGUGGGGCUACAAAUGGAUCUGCCUUAAAUUCGACAAACACGACAACCCCUUACAAAUUCCAAAAAGCCAGCUGUGAUGAUCUGCAUUACUACGUCUGUAAGAGGAGUGCUAGUAAACCUAAAAAUGGUUCAAAGUUCCCAUAUGAUGUCACUUGUCCUGAGAGUCAGCUGACAUCACAUCAAAGGCCUACAAUUGGGUUUAUGAGUCCGUUGAUUAUUACCAUGGUGUGUAUCUUCGUUGUACUUGUCAUUGGCAUCAUUGCAGUGUAUCUCAUCGUCAAAAGGAAGAAGAAUGGAAAAACGAAUGGGACACCGUCGAUAGCAGGUGAUGCUCGAUACAUGAGAAGUAACCCUGCAGAUAACAGGGAGUCUGGUCUCCACACAGAAGGUAAUGAAGCUGGCAACCACGACAGCCUCACAUCAGUUCAAGCCCAAGAUCCUCUAGGUGCUGAGGACGAGGGUGUGGACGUCGUUGUAGUACAGUGUGAAGACCCUAGAGAAGCGGACGACCUUGAUGACAACCCUUUAUACGUCACUUACUGACCUGCAAACCAGGGACGCGUGUAUGCCUGACGGCUAUACAGUGUAAAUCAUACUGAGGCGGAAUGCUACCAGAUAGUCCAGGUAUACAUAAUCUAACACACGGAAAUAACAGUUGAGGGGAUUCAUACUAUUCAUCUACGUGUGAUUUUGCAAAAGAUCAACAUUGUGCGUUCAUACAAUCUUGUAUACUUGUUCACUUUUUAAAUAUAAUAUAUACAAAACUAUGAAUACUUGACAACGCAGUAGUAGUUAGUAACUUCCAAUCAUUAAUGAUUUACACUCAUUAAUAAUGUGUUUUUCACUCAUGGCGUUACGUUUAUGUAAUGGUGGUUUACAAAAAGAUAUAUUUUUUGUCAAGAAGGGUUCUGAAAGUAAAACAUUGUUAAAUUUCUGGUUUAUGUUGCCGAUCACUUCAUUCACGAAAAUCCGUACAUGUUUAACUACAUAAUUGUUCUUCUGGUCGAAGCACCAACAGCGGACAGGGUAAACGUUGUUUACUCUCACAUAACGCUAUUUUCUGUCAUUGUGGUAUCCGUUGAUACGGAAUGUGUCACUAUUUUGUACAAUUUUUCUCUCAGCUGGGAAAGAUAUAUUUUUGUUGUUCUUAAUAAUAAACAUACGUUCAAACACGAACCUGGCGGGUAUGCUGAUCGUGUAUUUAUUCCUGCAGAGAGGAACAGGUGUAUAAUUGAAUCCAAAGGAAUAAUUUGCUUGUUCGGGGGAUGUCACCGGGUCAUUAAAUCUACCCAUGUCACGGUCUUUUGUUUGGCACCCCGCCUUUUUACUUUAUUUCCGACACCGCUCGGCAAAGUUCGUCUAUCAGCGUCAUUGCAUGCUUGGUUAGGCAAUUAUCGACCCGACUACUUCAUUCUCUGUGACUUAACGCCACACUACUAACAUGUAUUGACUUAAUGUUUGUUAUCUCCUAUAUGUUCGCUCCCAUAUUCCUGUGUUGAAAAUGGUUUUGUAACUAUGAUUUUCAGACAUUAGGGGAAUUUAUAUGUAUACUCAGAUAUAUCUUAUGUAUGUAUGAUCAUUUUUGCCUCCUCAAUAUUUAUACAUAGCUUGUUGUAAAUCUUUAAUUAUUCCGGUGGAUAGCUUAUGUUCAGCGCUUCAUUUUGAUACUUACAUCUUCAGUGUGGAUAUCGUAGUUAGUUCGCUAUACGUGUUUUCCACAUGUUUAGAAACACGCGUUGGCUAAGCGCCUCAGAUUACUGUAUUCUCCAGCUGUCUUGGAGAGAAUGCCCUCUCUGAGGUCCGCGCGCUGUGUGUAUAAACUUCUUCAAGCUCUUGUGUCUUUACCCCCAGGAUUCGUUAGGCCGUUUUACUGUCGAUUUGCUCUUGGGUGGUCGCUUCGAAACUCAGGUUUUCCGAGCACUGUUGAUCUAGUACUGACUUACUCUGGUUGUAUUGAGCUAAACAAAGUAACUUGCGUUUCCAGUACUCAGUUUUUCUAGAAAUCCGUGGAAAAAAAACCUUCCCGUGAUUGUGAAGCUUCAGUCGAUUCGAAUAUUUUGUUAUUCAGACGUUCUCGUCUAUUUUAUAGUCCAAAUGACUUUUUUUAGGGAUAGGCCCUCGUUAUUUCCCGUUAUUUAACCCAGCCAAGGUUAUACCCUCAUUAGAGUUAUGAGAUAAUUAACUCAGGUGUUUAUUGGUCGCAGCCGACUAAUUUGGCUGACUAAGGAUCUGGUCGGAAUCUUGUCAAAGUGAUGCUUUAUUCACUCACAUUUUAUAACUGUAAUACAGUCGCUUAGCUAAGCUGCUUAUGUAUUUUCUCUGAUUUUAUUAAUCAGAGAGCUUUUUCAGCGCAGAUUUGUGUAUUCAGUCCUAUUAUUGCCAUCUAUUGGUAAUAUUAGUUGUUAAUAAUAAACCUGUGAACCUCUCA